AUGGAUAAAGAAAAUCCUGAAGCUGUCUCCAGCCCACCAGAACAGAACAUGGAUGUGGUCCCACCGAAAGAGUUAAAAUGUCAGAAGCCUUCCAAUAAUAUUCUGAUCUAUUUGAUUGACAGGCAGCUGGGAAAGCCCAGAAAAGAUAUGGACUUGUUUGAAUGGGUUUGGACAGUAAAAUAA